AUGGACACGCAAGCUGAAGAGCUUGGGCGCGCAGAUGAACGACACAAGGUUUUUAUUUCCAUCAAUGACAUUGCCUGGAUUGGGAAAAAUGUAUUUGUUGUAUCUGUGCCAGCGUACAAGCGAAGGAUUAGCUGCGAGCUGACGGCCGUGGAUGUGCCACGCGGCACGGCAUCGGCCCUUGAAGAAAAAGUAAUGAGGACAUUGAAUGAAAUUCGCUGUGCGCCGUACAAGUAUCUUCGACGGGACCACUAUGCCUCCUUUCCAAAUCAAGGCUACGGAGACAUUAUAUUUAGGAUGAGUGACGAUGCUGCAGAGUGGGUUUCGUUGCAGGAGCGUUUGCUGCGGCGUGGGGUUGGCAGCAUUGUGCGUCCCAUAGUUGCACGACUGGAGGAACUUAUACAAGCGGAGUUUGAGGGCUCAAUGAGCCCGACGCAUCUCCCGGACGGUCGCGAGAAGCCAUGUGUGUGGGCAAACCAUCAUUACAACUUUGAAAACGGACCACUGUUUCGCAAGCAAUUGACUGGCCAAAUAAUAAAUGUUAUGCGGGGUGAUGUAUAUGUGGUUCGCUGGGACAAGGGACAAGUUAUGAGCGGGAAAUGCACGAGCAAACAUAAUGGUAACAAGGAUGCUGGUGACGCACACCACGAAGAGUGGCCACCGCAGCUUGUGAUUCUUGACGCUGUCAAGUGUUUUUCGCCGCGUACCGCGAAUGGCUUUGCGGCACUGCGGUGGGCACAGAAACGCCUUCUCUACUCCCGCGUCAAAGUCUGCAUUCACUCCACACACCCGUCGGAGAAGGAUGUGUCAAAUAACACGCAACUCUUUUCUCAUGAGCAAUUGCGAUGUGUGCGGUCAGCUGUGUACGUACUACCACGGGAAUCUGGCCUGUGCGCGUCUUCCACGCGACGAGCCACUAAUGUAGGUAGUGCCUUGAUUUCAAAGGGUCUCGGACUUCUUCGGCAGGUUGUGGAUGCUGCCGUACCGCGUUCAAGUGAUUUUCAUGAACUUCUACGUGCUGCCAGGGACCGCUGUUGCGCGGUGACAGACGCGACACUGAAGGAUGCAAAGCAGUCUUUACCGGACAAUUUGAUCUCUGACGAUGGAGUUUCGUGCCCUGCAAAUGUUCCCGUUGCUACGUGGUGCAACUCUUCCCCAUCACUGAAGACGCUGUGGCAGACCACAAUGUGGGAUGGAGAUGUUCAUCGCAGUGCGCACGAUUACCCCCAACGCAUUUACUGUCUUCGACCACUGCGAAGCCUCUGUGAUAUGAGGACACUGAUACGUGAAUGUGAGACCUUUGAGGGCUUUAUCAAUUCCGUGACGUUGGUGCGGGAGUCUCUCGGUGCGUCUUUAGAGCAGCAGCAAUGUCGGCGUCGUCGGUUUCUUCGUGUGGAAAUUAACGCUAUUUUUGCUCUUACGAGGAUUCAAGAUAUCCUUGCCAGAGUUGGGGCAAACACCUUUGGAUCUGUUCGCCUGCAUCCCACUGGAGGGAGUAUAUUGGGCAACACUGUCAAGGUGACCGUGGUAUACGACAGGUGGCUGAGCGUCAUUCCCAUUACGGAAACCGCUUUCCUUAACAUCACCGUCACCGGGUAUGCGCCGCAGUCGUACGACCCUGCGAAACACGCCCCGAAGAAAUGUCAGCACAGCCUGCUCGUGAAGAAGGAACAAAGGCAAGGGACGAAGGUGCUUGAGCUAGAACUUUCAGAUGAUGAGAAUGAAAGAAUUUUUGUUGUUGAUGUUAGGGUGGAAUUUGGAAACAGCACUGAGCAUCUGAAUCAUCAGAGCGUGUAUUUUCUCACCAGAGCGGCACAAGGCCCUGGUACCUCAGGCGCGUUGCUGUGCGAUGAUGACUAUUCCAAUGGUGAACUUGCUAGUGUGGACAGUGGGGAAGACCACUCUGCGUGUGAUAGUGACAGUGAAGAGGAAUCUGACAGACAAAACGAGCAAAAUCAAGGCGCGGAAGAGGCAAGGCUAGCAGGCAAUGAUGAUGAGGCGGCUGAGAGAAAAGAGAAAAUGGAGUCGUCGGAUACGUUUUGUCAUUCGAGCGUUGAUUUUUACUUUGAAGUGAUGACUGACGCGGCGCAUAAAGGGGGAGAAUCCAUGCGGAGACUGCGCGAUUGGGGUAAAAGUCUCAUGUACCGUGAUGUGCGGUGUAUUCCAAUGGGCAUUGGCACUGUGAAUGGAGCUCGUGGGUUUUUGGGAGAUGUGCUGCUGAUAAAGACGCAGGAGGAGGAGGAGGAGGAGGAGGAGCAAAGUAUUUUUUUUACAGUGGAAAAGAACUGGCGGCCGCCGGCCCAUUCAUCAUGGUUAACGAAGGAUGAUGUGUGGACGGGCACGACUCGGAUAUUUGAGCAACAUCAUCGCAGACGCUGCAAUGCUUUGUUUAAGCGGGAGUUUGAGUCACGAGACCUUCUGAUUAAAGCUUGGUACGAGUCAAUUUGCCGUAUACGUGCGGAGUUAUUUGAGACAGAGGACAUUGAAGUUAUGAAAGGGAACAUGGUUUUGGAUUUUGCGACACAUUUGAAGGCGUAUGGUGCUUUUUUGGCUUGCGACAAGCCAGAUGGUGAUGACAAUGCCGUAAUUUAUGCCGAGGCGGGGAGACUGGAAUGCUGGUACAACUCUGACACGAGUGUCUCAGCUGCGGGGACCACGACGACUGCCGUAGCAGCCAACUUGCAGGUUGUUGCGUUUCAAGACCAUAACGCAUCCUUUGGCCUCAUUUCACCAUCAUUUCUGCCGCCCAAGGUUCCUUUGUCUGCAUUUUCUCUUUUUCCGCGCCAGUUUUUUUCCGCGCACAGCAAACAACAUCGCGCCUUGCUGACUAAGAACAACGUGGCCUCCAUGAAGGAGGGCGGGGAUAUUCACGUGGAUGCGGCCUUUUUUCGGCUGCCCCAUCGUUUUUUGCCCAAUCUUUUUGCCUCAAACUUUGAGCGCCUGCCAGCGGCUCUGCGGAAUGUAGAGCGGGCUUUUUGUGAUUCGUUGCAACAAGGUGAUAUACCGCGUCCUCCCAACGCGCCGGAGGUCGUAUAUUACGCAACUCAAAAAGCUUUUGUUUCUAUUUUAUCUAUGCUUUUGCUGCUUCAGCUGCGACGUGAUAAUUUGGGAAAGGAAUCGAGCGCAGAAACCCACCCGUACACGUCUAUAUACAAGUUGCUGAGGGAUGAGUUUGGUGCCCUGUACGAUUUGAAGCUGUCCAGGAUGACUACUUCCCUGGUGCUUUACAGGGUGGAGCCCAACCUAAAUGCGAAUGGGGAUGGACAGCAACGGCAGCCUGCACUACUUCUUGGAUCUCAUGACACAGAGACGAGUGACACAUUUGAAGUUCCUGGCGGCUUUACGACAUUGGAUAAAAAGUCCUUGUUUCGUGCAAUUGGAGUGCUGGGGUUUGAAUCACUUGUUGCGCCUCGGCCGGCAAAGCCGGCCGACGAUUUGACGAACAACGACGAUGACAUUGUUUUACUUACGGAGUUGAGUGCUGAGGAGUGCCAUCCUAUGACCUCCCGUGGUGUCGGGCCUUAUCCGUUAGCAAGCAGCACCCCAAGGCUUUACCAUCCAUUUCCCUGGCUCACGCUUCUUGGCCAACCGCUGCUUGCUCGAGACGAAUACGACGCGGAAUCGUUGGGCAAUCACGAAAUGAUUGCUGAGGGAGGUCACCUCAUUCGACGGUACAUUGCGGUUUCAUACACGGCUCUUUGCUUGAGUGAAAGAAAACCGUAUCGUUCAUUCUCCUAUGGUCGAAUAACGCGGUCGUUGAUUUAUGGAAUUGUUAAAAAACAAGCAGAGAAGGGCUCCGCUAUCAUGAACUAUUUAUCUCUUCUUCUUCGUUCUGCAGGCACUACGGCUGAGGGUGCCUCUCCGUUUGCAGAUGGAAUCUUGAAUGUGUACGGAACGGCGAGUGAAUUGUUGUACCUAUUCUAUCAGUCUCGUCGACAACUUCGCUUUCGACUUGGUAUGCUUUUUCCUUCUCUUUUGAAGGGAGUGGAAGACACGACGGCUCCGACGGGCGCUGAGGUGAAAGCCGAAGAGGAAUUCCUACAACAGUUGUCCGAGGCAGGGAAGCAGCUUAUUGACCUGGUGGCGAAGCAGACAGCUGAACCAUCGAGUUGCAAGAGUGGCGAUGGGAAGCCUCCCGCACGCGUGUACCUUAAAAUAGAUCUUGAUUGCCUCGACGCAGGCACGUGUAUGUGGGUCUCUGUGUAUCCCAUCAAGAAUGAGCCAGAACCCGAGGGAUAUGGCGAGGCAGUUGGAACGCGCGCUAACCCUCAUCAGCAGUUUGACCUUGCGUCCAAUGUGUGGUCUCGAUUCCCGCAGCAUGUACUUCUUGUGAGGUAUCACCCUGAACACGACAAGUAUGCUUUUGAGUGGUCGGGAGUUGAGAAUCCGUCCCAUGUGGACGCUAAGAUGGUCCCCACGGAACAAUAA